AUGAGCGACACGAAGUGGGGCUUCGACACGAACUAUGGUCAUCGGACGUUGCCCUUCAAGUGGCAGUCCUCCAACGGCUUUCACUUCUACGAGGAAAGUCCGUUCACCAAGAAGAACUUCCGCCCAUCGCAUUUGCCGGCCCUCAGAGCCGACUUCAUCCCCAUGACCACCCACUAUGGCGAGAGAGCGCAGAAUUCUCGUCAUGCAAUGUCGAGUUACGGAUGUCACCGGAACCUUGUUUGGGACGACUCACUCCGCAUGCCGCGGAAUCCAUUCCCAGGGAGGCCAUCCAGGGAGAUGUCGUACAUCAAGGAGCCCUCCCCUGAAGGCCUUUUAUCAACGCCGCGUCGCUUGGCGCAAUGGGACAUGCAGCGAUUGGCACGUGGGUCCGGGACACCGCUGAAGAAAGCGAUGACGCCACUACUUCCAGACUUGACGGACGCGAAGAAGCUCGUCCAUGAACCUCAGCAGGAGCUCUCCACUGCCCUCGACAAGCUCGAGGAGACCGUCUCUAUGGAUCCGCCGAAGCGCGUCUUGCCGAGCGAAAGCAUAUUUGCUUGA